GUUCUCAGCUCUACCAUUCACCACCUGUAUCACCUUAGACAAAUAAUCUAACUCCUCUGGACCUCAACUUUAUCUGUAAACAGAUAAUAUUUCUCAUAGGGUCAAUGGUCAUGUAAAUUAGAUAAUAUCCGUAAAAGGUAUAUAGUACAUGGUAAGAGCUCAUUAACUGUUAGCUGCUUUAUUUUUGUGGUAGUGUGGAAACUUACUGUUUUUGUUGUUAUUGGUCAUCUUGGAAUGGACAUUGGAUUGAAUAUGUGCCUCCUUGUUAGCACAUAGUGCUGUGAAUAACAUGUCUGGGUAGGGGUUAAUUCCACAGUUACUCAAAAGGAAAGAAACCAAUAAAGAAAAACAGAGAUUUAGUUUGAAAGGAGUAAUAUGGCCAGGUGCAGUGGCUCACGCCUGUAAUCCCAGCACUUUGGGAGGCCUAGGCGGGCGGAUCACGAGGUCAGGAGUUCGAGACAAGCCUGGCCAGCAUAGUGAAACCCCAUCUCUACUAAAAAUUCAAAAAUUAGCUGAGCGUGUUGGCACGCGCCUGUAGUCCCAGCUACUCAGGAGGUGGAGUCAGGAGAAUUGCUUGAACCUGGGAGGUGGAGGUUGCAGUGGGCUGAGAUUGCACCACUGGACUCCAGCUUGGGUGACAGAACGAGACUUCAUCUCAAAAAAAAAAAAAAAAGGAGUAAUAAGUAAUAUACACUCUGCUAUCUUUAUUUCCUUCUCUCCUCUUUGAAGAAAAGCUCAGGUAGAAAUAACAGAUUCGGUAAUCUUCUGUGUCAAAAUAUGCAUAAAAUGGUUGAGGUGAUUGUGGGAGUCAGAAAAGAGAAGGAUUGAAGCUCAAAUCUUAAAUGGCACAGACAAGGGGUUUACAGGGAGGAAGGUCAGAAGAGAUAUAAAUGAAGAGUCAGAUUAGUAUUCAGGAAAGUACGUGGAACUGAAGUUGGGGGAUCUGUUCUUCCAGUUUCACUUUUUCCAUUCAUGGUUUGUGCACCUUCCCUGCUAUACAGACUGGACUUGAUCACUAAGUCUUCAAUAGCUGAGAUUCUCCAUCUUAAUCUACUUGGAGGGAAGAGCAGGUGAAUCAAGAUAGUGUAAUGUCUCAGAAACAGGAAUUUCAAGAAGAACAAUGUCAGAUGUUACAGAAAUAAAGGAGGAUGAGAGCUGGGAAAAGGAUGGGAUGCUCAGGAGGCCAAUUUAUCUAGAUUAGAGGGACAGAGAAAUAGCUGCAAUAUGAGAUUUACUGUGGAACACCAGAUUGGUUGUUUCAUUAUGGAUGGAGGGGAUGAUGGUAACCUUGUUAUCAAAAAGAGGUUUGUGUCUGAGGCAGAACUAGAUGAACGGCGCAAAAGGAGGCAAGAAGAAUGGGAGAAAGUUCGAAAACCUGAAGAUCCAGAAGAAUGUCCAGAGGAGGUUUAUGACCCUCGAUCUCUGUAUGAAAGGCUACAGGAACAGAAGGACAGGAAGCAGCAGGAGUAUGAGGAACAGUUCAAAUUCAAAAACAUGGUAAGAGGCUUAGACGAAGAUGAGACCAACUUCCUUGAUGAGGUUUCUCGACAGCAGGAACUAAUAGAAAAGCAACGAAGAGAAGAAGAACUGAAAGAACUGAAGGAAUAUAGAAAUAACCUCAAGAAGGUUGGAAUUUCUCAAGAGAACAAGAAGGAAGUGGAAAAGAAACUGACUGUGAAGCCUAUAGAAACUAAGAACAAGUUCUCCCAGGCGAAGCUGUUGGCAGGAGCUGUGAAGCAUAAGAGCUCAGAGAGUGGCAACAGUGUGAAAAGACUGAAACCGGACCCUGAGCCAGAUGACAAGAAUCAAGAGCCCUCAUCCUGCAAGUCUCUCGGAAACACCUCCCUGAGUGGCCCCUCUAUCCACUGCCCCUCUGCUGCAGUCUGUAUCGGCAUCCUCCCAGGCCUGGGUGCCUACUCUGGGAGCAGCGACUCCGAGUCCAGCUCAGACAGCGAAGGCACCAUCAAUGCCACAGGAAAGAUUGUCUCCUCCAUCUUCCGAACCAACACCUUCCUCGAGGCCCCCUAGUUUCUCUGUCCCUACACAGGGAGCUCCUCCCCAAGGGUAGAUCGGACCGUUCACGCUGCCUAUAGGCAUUAUGUCCCUCAAAAAAACUCCUUUGCCUGCAUCCUGUGCACAACAUGACAUUUUUAACCAAUCCAAUCUAGAAAUGUGCCAGAAUCCACCUGUGGCCCGAAUCGUGUUUGGUUUCUCUUUCUACUCCAGUGCAGAUGACCAAACCUGUCCUGCUGCCACUUUCCUCACUGAUAUUGGGAGGAGGGCAAGGCCCAGCCGAAGUUCCACUAAAAAUGCCCUAGGAGACUAGGCACUGGCUGGCUUGCAAAGGGUUUGGGUUUUAUUGCUUUCUGUUUGUUUCUUUUCCCGACAGCACAGAGAAGUAAGGGCAGUUAUUGGACAGGUGUUAUUUAAACAUUCUAUUGUAGAUGAAUGUGUUGUUUGGUUCUACUGCAUUGUGGAGCAUGCGGGGGAAGAGAACUGACCCAGGUGAUGAAAUGGUGCCCUUCCCUGGAACUAACCAGUCCUUGAUGUUGUGUGACUAAGUAAAGAUGAUAAACCCCAUCUGCUGGGGGUGUCACUUCACACUCGGCAUGCAUUGUGAAAGCUUUCCAUACCCUUGGCCAUUCCCUCUCUCCUCUGUCUCCAACCCCAUUUAUGCAGGAAGGGAUUGCUAACAAGAACGCUUCCAUCUCAAACCUUUUCUCUGCCUGGGAAAUUAUUUUAUGUUUGUUUUUGAAAUAAAGGAUUUAGUUUAAGAUUCUAAAUUUUAGAGAAACAAAUGUAGGCCUUGUUUACUAAUAGCCAGACAACAGAACUGUGGGUAGGUAUGUUAAUGAGAUGACUUAUUUCUGGCAGCUCCUGGAAUCUAAUAUUGUAAAUGAGUGGGACACACUUGCAUAUUGUGACUGUAUUCUCUUGAGGCCCUUCUCUGUUUAAUGCAUAUUAUACUUGUGUUUUUAACUGUGGAAUCUAUUUCUAACCUAAAGGUGCUGCCCUAGUACUUUUCUUUGCUGCCCCUGCUGCUCUUUUUCCUUUCCAAACAGCAACUCUGAGGCCAUGAGCAGCCAAAAACUAGAGGUACUGCUCCACCUCGUCUCAUAAAGGGAAAUGUGCUCAUCCCUUGGAUUCUGGGGGAGGGAGAGGGAGAUGGUGUGGAGGCCUCAAGGACAGAGAUAGACAUGAGCUUUGACAACAGUCUGUAGGCUCUCCUGCUUUAGAAUAAGCGUGUACCGUUCUUUAUCCAUUCCCCUUAUUCCUAUGUCAAUUGUUUUUACUUUCUUGGGUGUGAGACUGAGCGAGACACACACAAAAUGUGUUGACACUGAUGCCAGCAGGCAGAGCAGCUACUGACUUUGAACGUGGGCAGAGAGGCCCCUGGAUGUCAUCCAGCCCACUCCUUUUCCCCUUCCAGUGCAGUGACACUCUGGUGCCCGUUGGCAGAUGGCUACUUCCCUGCACCCAUAACUGAUGCUUUGUGAAUUCUUCCUCCUUUUCAGAACUACUCUGUGCUAAUUGCUCCUGCCAGUAUGGGCGCAUCAUCUCCAUCCUAACAAAGAAGACAUUUAGGUAAAACUGUGUAGGCACCUUCUGCUUCUCUGCUUCAUUGUUCCUGUGAUAGUCCUGUUGUUAUUACAGCAUGUACCCAAAACAGCCUCACAUUGUUACAGGAGGCAGGCCAGGGCAUCAGUCACCAUCUUUAUGUGGCAUGACUCUUAAGAGGCCAUUAUUGUACCUCAUGGCCUCUUGAUGUGGAAAGAAGUUGACAAAGGGUUGCAGGGUUUAAAAACAUACAUUAACAUGAAAGCUAAUAAACCUGUCAGAGAACAA